UCCUCUCACUUCCCGGGUUCGGACGCGGUGGUAGUUCUGGAGCCUCCUCGUUCCGCUGGUCCAUCGUCGACAUGGUGAAGCUGAGCAAAGAAGCAAAACAGAGGCUGCAGCAGCUCUUCAAGGGCGGCCAGUUUGCUAUCCGCUGGGGUUUUAUUCCUCUCGUGAUUUACCUGGGAUUUACAAGGGGUGCAGACCCUGGAAUGCCUGAACCGUCCGUUCUAAGCUUACUUUGGGGAUAAAGGACUGUUUGGACAUCUGGAUUUGGAUGCAAUCUAACAUGGAAGGUGUGUGCUCCGCCUGGAUAAGAGAGGAGACGUCAUUUCAACACGUCUGUACUGACUUAUGAUAGACUAUCAAAAUAAAUAUUUUUAACAAUGUUA